GACUGGCUAUGCGAGCAGGGCCGCUUUGGCUUGAAGACCCCCGACCCGAAGAUCAAGGCCAAUGGCCGCGGCGUCUUCAUCCACCGUGGUCGCAGCAAGGAGGUGGAUCCCGAGGUUGUCGCAAAGCUGGAUGAGGUUCGCAAGGCGAAGGGCAUGACACCUCGGGCCGUUUCCGACGAGGAGAUUUGCGAGAGGCUCUUCUUCUCCAUGAUCAACGAGGGCUUCAAGAUCCUCGAGGAAGGGUUUGUGGCCCGAUCCUCGGACAUCGACCUGGCCUACAUCUACGGCUACGGUUUCCCCCCCGCCAAG